AUGUUGUUUGCAAUGACGCCGAAGUCCGCUGCUUCGAAAUGGAUGUCGCUCGAGAACCUUCUGCGGGUUGCCUCCAAGAACGACCAUCUGAAGAUACCGACGGUAGAAACUGAACGCGUCGGAAUCUACAACGAUUUCACCCGCGACAUGAAGUCGGUGGAAUUCAGCCUGGAAAUGAUCAAGUUCGCUGAGUUUCUGAAAUACCCGGCUUUAAUCGACGCCGCGUACGCCAAGUUGAUAGAACAGCUUCUCUUCAGAGGCCACUUUACGCCGAUCGCCACGAAGGACUUUGUCAAGUGGACAUAUGGGGACGACAAGAUAUGUGAGGACGAAGAGGGGUUGCUGAAACAUCUCAUUGUCGCAGCUAUCUUGGCGCAUGGUUACAAGCACUGGGACCAGGUUCGGCGUGACGAGGUUUUCGGCCUCGUUCAACACCAGAAAGGGUUCGUCGAUGAUCUGGCAGCAGCGGAAGAGUUGAAUAAGAUGCUCUCGGGGUCACCACUAGGGUCUCAAAAGAAGGAGAAGAAGACGGGCUUCUUGGAAAGGAGACAUGGUGCUAGCAAGUAG